UGGAGAGGUCGCAGAAGGACUGAAAGCUUGCGGAGCCGGCUCGACUCGCAUCCGCCCGGCCUCCUAGGGAGCCAGCCUGGCUUAGGCUGCAGCUUGUUUUAUUUUGGUUGUCUUUCCUUUUUCAUCUCGUUUGUCUUGACCCCCCCUCAGAGUUUCUUCGCGAUUUCCAGCCAUGGAGAUAGCGCAGCCCAGAGACCUGGAGCGGUACUUAAGCCUGGCCAAGAGGACGCAUGGGGAGCUGUGCCGGCAGAAACGGAUCUUCAACGCCAGGAACAGGAUCAUCGGGGGAGACACAGACGCCUGGGAUGCUCAGGUUCAUGACCAGAAGAUUAAAGAAGCAACCGAAAAAGCUAGACAUGAAACUUUUGCUGCUGAAAUGAGGCAAAAUGACAAAAUCACAUGCAUAUUAGAAGGCCGAGAAAGGAGAGAUAGGAAAAGCCUCUGUAAAGCCAUCAAUGAUUUCCAGCAGACCUUCCAGAAGCCAGAAACUCGCCGUGAAUUUGACCUAUCUGACCCCCUAGCCCUUAGGAAAGAUCUCCCAGCCAGGCAGUCAGAUAACGAUAUUCGGAAUACAGUAUCGGGAAUGCAGAAAUUCAUGGGAGAGGAUUUAAACUUCCACGAGAGGAAGAAAUUCCAGGAGGAACAAAACCGAGAAUGGUCCUUACAACAGCAGAGGGAACGGGAGCGUGCCCGUGCCCACCAAAGAUGUGCAGAGGACCUCUACUUCAAGACAAGGCUGCAGUUUGAUGAAACGGCCAAGCAUUUACAGAGUCUGGAAAGUGCCACCAGAAAGGCGGUUUGUGCAGCUGUGAAAGAAUUCAACAGGAACCAGACGAUGCCCAAGAGGAGAGGUCACCUGCUCCAGGGCCCGCAGAGAAUUCAUGGCCACCGAGUCAGCGGAAAGGAAGACUCGGGAGAAAAAACAAGAACAAGAAGACGACUUGGCCGAGAUCUCCAACCUGCUGCGUGGGGACCUGCUCUCCGAGAACCCGCGGCAGGCAGCCAGCUCCUUCGGGCCCCACCGCGUGGUCCCCGACCGCUGGAAGGGCAUGACCCGGGAGCAGCUGGAGCAGAUCCGUCUGGUUCAGAAGCAGCAAAUCCAGGAGAAGCUGCGGCUGCGGGAAGAAGAGUGGCAGCGAGACAGGGACUGGGACCGGCAGAGGGUGCAGAGGGCUCGCUCCACUCUGCUCCUAGAGCGGCAGCAGAAACGCCAGCAGCGGGACCUACGCCGGGCACUGGACUGCGCCAACCUCAGCCUGGCCAAGGAGCAGCGCUCGCAGAAAAAAUAUAUGGAAGAAGUCUAUACAAAUCAACCCACUGAAGAUUAUUUCACGCAAUUUAAUACAGGAAGUCGAUAGUGAAAAAGACACGGUCCUUGUCUUCUGAAUUGUUCAUGCAUAAAACGCAGCAGCCUUUUGAAGAGUCGCAUUUAUUACAAAGAAAUACACCCCGUGUUUCAGGAGUGA